UGUUACUCCGACGGCCCAACGAGUUCCAUCCAAAAACAAUCGCCUCCUGCCCCUUUAUUAUGGUAGCUCCAAUCCCUAAUCCCUGCAGCCCCAGUCACCCUCCCACCAUGAAAAACCCCAAGGCAUCAUCAUCAGGGAAGGGCUCUUCCCAGAAGGCUCCCUCUUCCUUAGGCUCCGGCGCCGGCGGCGGCCCCUCCGCCGCCUCCGGCAACCGCAAAUCUCGGUGGGAGCCCAACGAUAAGCCGCCCUCCGACCGCCGCCCUUCAGGCUCCGAUUCCAAGCCCCUGAAGCCCAAGGACGAGCCCUCGGGCCCCUCAUCCGCCGCCGCCGCCGCCGCCGCCGCCGCAACACCCAAUCCCAAGGAGAAGCCGGCGGCGCCGACACCCGUCUCCGGCAACCUCCGGUCUCCCCACUCGGCGGGGCCCCCCUUCCACCUCCCCGACCCCGCCGCCGUCCCGCCGCCCCCGCCUCCGUACGGCUUCCACAACCUCGAGCGCCGCACCAUCGUGCUCGCCGACGGCAGCGUCCGCUCCUACUUCGCCCUCCCACCGGAUCCGCCGCCGGCCGCCGCCGCCGCCGCCGCCGCCGAUAAAAUGUUCCCCUACCGCCCCCCAAUUGCCCGCCCCGGCUUCGGCCACGGCCCGGAGCCAGGCGUGGGGUUAGGGUUCGACCGGCACUAUCCCCCGCCCCCUGGAGGGCGAUUCAGCCCCGAGGACCACCUGCGCGACCCGCGCUUCGGCCGUGGAUCCGGGCCGCAGAACGACUACUGGGCGUCUCUGGGGCUCGACGGCCCUCGGGGCCCUUCCGAGAGCGGGCCAUCCUCGCUGAAGAGGAAGUACGGGGAGGACGACGAGCUGGCGUGGAGCAGGAGGCACGUGCUGCUGUACGGGGGCGCCGGUGGAAACCCUCCCGGGCUCCCUCCCGGGGUGGGCGGGGAGCGAGAUGAUCUCAGGUCGUCGAAGCAUGCAAAGUUGGGCGCCGGAGGCUACGAGGGGUUGCCCUCGCGGAGCGCUCGGGUUGAUGAUGCGCCUGCAGUUCCCUUGGAUGUGGAUAAGCAGGCUUUGAAGAGGGCAUUCCUCAAGUUCUCGAAGACUAUCAAUGAAAGCUUCUCACAGAAGAAGAAUUAUUUGGAGAACGGCAAGAAUGAGCCUUUGAAGUGCAUUGCUUGUGGCAGGGCUUCUAAAGACUUUGCAGAUGUGCAUGCACUUAUCAUGCAUGCAUAUCACUCACAAAAUGCAGACAUGCGUGUUGAUCAUCUUGGAUUGCACAAGGCAUUGUGUGUUCUUAUGGGAUGGAACUAUGCGAAGGCCCCAGAAAAUUCUAAAGCAUAUCAAUUAUUAUCCCCAGAUGAUUCCCAGGCAAAUAGGGAAGACCUUAUUUUAUGGCCACCAAUUGUUAUCAUUCACAAUACCAACUUAGGGAGGAGAAAAGAUGGUCGCAUGGAGGGCAUGGGUAACAAAGAGAUGGAUAAUAAACUUAAAGAUCUAGGUUUUCCCGGUGGCAAAUCCAAGUCCCUGUAUGGGAAGGAAGGGCACCUGGGGGUGACACUGGUGAAAUUUGCUAACACUGAAGCUGGCUUAAAGGAGGCCGAGCGCCUCGCAGAAUACUUCGAGAAGGAAGGACAUGGCCGCAGAGGUUGGUCGCGCGCACAAGCUACUCUUCCUUCUGGCGAUGAUGAUAAGAAUCCAUUGCUGGUCAAGUUGAAUGAAAGGACUGGUGAGAAGAAGAGGAUCUUGUAUGGGUACCUAGCAACUGCAUCAGAUCUUGACAAAGUAGACUUUGAUAUGAAGAAAAGGGCUUCUGUCAAAAGCAAGAGGGAGUUUGACCUGUCCGAUUAGUGCCUUCAAUGAUACGUGUUUGGUGCUAAUAUAUUUUUUUUCCUAUUUACUUCAGACAUUAAACUUGCACCCUUGUGUUUCCUUUGGUGUGGCAGGAAUAGGGUUAAAUUAAGUUUUAAUCUACAUAUUUUGCCCAUAGGGGUACUCAAGUCUUACCUAGCAACGUAUUAAUUCUCUAUCGGUACUCUAGCUAUGGUUCAUCCCCCCCCACCCCCCCCUUUUUAUCUUUUUUGCCUUUUUUAUUUUUUAUUUUUCUCCAACGAGUAGUCAUGGUUCUUCAAAUAGUUAUAUGGUAGGAAACUACCUUUUAUGUGACUGACCAGAAUUGCUCUUUUUAGCUUAAAAAUGUUGGUGGUUGGAGAAUGACUGUUGGAGUGAUCUUUCCACUUGCUGAUGUCCCAUAGUUGUGAUGGGCCAGAUCAUCCUGCCAUCCGAUGCUAUCCUAUACCAUUGUCCUAAAUUAAUUGUGUCAUUUGUAAUCGAGCUUUGUUAACUCUCUGUUUGUCCUCGCCAUAUAAUGUUCCAACUUUGCGCGUUAUAAAGCAUCCUGUUUUCUGAGAGAGUUAGAAUUAAAAUAGUAUAACUGAAGCAGCGGGUGCCAUCUUUUUGUAGUGGUCUGUUUUAGUUGAACUAUCGUUUGUAAUCCUGAUCAUUGAUUGAAAUUCGAGUUGCAAAUCUGUUUUGUCA